AUGACUUCGGAAGCAGAAGGAGAUAUGACUCCUAUGGCGCUCUUAUAUGGGAACGGAUACCCCACGGAAGAUCAAUUGGAAACGGACCUAAUGAAUGUUCUGCAAGCUUUCCAUCAACAGAUUGAUGUGGCCGCAACGCUAACAUUGCAGUGGAAUCAUGUGUGUCAGUAUGGAAGUUUCAGCGACAUCCCCGUACAUCAAGUUAUUCAAGUCGGCGCCUAUUUGCGUAAUGCCAUGGUCACUAAAGAGAAACUGUUGCGCCUAGGAACUCGCUAUUUGUUAUCGGACUUGUUAUACGAUCGUACGGUUCUGAUGGGCACACUGUCUCCAGGGCGCAGACAACAGUGGCUAGAAAACAGACUUCCAUAUGACGUGCGUGGAACCGAGGUAAUGCUGAUGAUGGACAGGCAGGCGAUAUCGCUCAGCAAGAGCAUCGCAGAGAUGGAGUUGUGGAUGAGAGAAACAGAGCAACGAGCUAUUGCGAAUGGAAAUGAAAGUUUGCUGACGCGCGCCUCAGUGAUUGAGAUAGUGCAGGAAGAACUGAGAAGAAGAGAAUCGAACAAUGAUUCAAAUGCCACUCUCAAGGAGCUUAAAGAGAAGUUAAGAAGACAGGAGAUCGAAAUGGUCCAGCUGAUUGAAAAAAUCGAUGCUAUGGAACAAGCUCAGCAACCCGCAGAUGUGCCAAAGAGAAAACUUAUUGUUGAAGAAGAGGAUGGAUCAAAGGUUUUGCAAGUUCAGGUUGACAACAACACUGAAGAGGGCGCUCUAAAUCAAGAUUCUCUAGAAGAAACCGAUGACUGCGAAUAUUUUCUGAGGAUGCUACAAGAAGUGGCAGACGGAAGCCCCUCACCCCCACCGCCGAGCGAAAACACACUGCCGAACGAAAACACGCCUACGAAAAAGACAAAGCACAACGAUGAAAAGGAUUCAGAGGAAGAAGAAGCGCUGAGAUGGAAGCUCGAGCGUAUGCUCAACGACAUCAAAUACUACCCAAGUAGACGUUUGGGUGAAUGGUCGUACGGAAUAGACCCAUGGAUUAGAUGUGCAUUUUGCGAUGCGGUAGCUAAACAUUUUAGCGAUUCUUGCCCCCAUGUUUCACGCGGAAAAGACAGACUACGCAUUCUCCAGCGAAAAGGGCUUUGCACGCAUUGUUUGCAAUUCUGCACAAAUAGUUAUGAAUGCCGAUCGCAUAGUAGACCUUGUUGGUACUGCCAAAAGAUCAAGGGAAACAGUUUCUGGGAGAUGCUACCGAGUGACGAGGGUAACCACCACAGAGCAAUAUGCAGCAUACCAGAAAGGAAAAGAGAAGCCGAAGAAAGCAUAGAUGAACUGCAGGCACAGCUCUUUGACAUGUUGAAAAUGCGAGAUCUCCGCACCAGGAAUGCGUGA